GCUCUCAGGUUUCUACAACCUAUGCUUUCGGUUUGCGCGCGAAGACGCGGUAAACGUUAUUUAUAACCGCAAUAUUCGUACCGUGAGGGAGAAGAGCGUUUGAAACGAGACGGACUUCGAUAAGGCAGUGUCUACGAAACUUAAUUAAAAAAUGGCGAAUAAAGUGGCAAGGGACUACGCCAAAGACAAGGAACAAUUGAAGACCUUCUUCCUGGAAUUCGUGGCGAUGGACGACAAGACGGGGGAUAAGACCUUCAAGUACAGACAGAUGCUCACCAAGAUUGCGCACAGAGAGCUAGUUAGCUUCGAGAUCGAUUUGGACGACGUGCAUUCGUUCGACGAUGAACUGGCCAUGUCUAUCUCUAAUAAUACGCGACGAUAUACCACCUUGAUCCUGAAUUUGGUUCAAGACAUGCUACCUGACUUCAAAGAAGGAGUUGUUCUACCGAAGGAUCCACUGGAUGUGUACACGGAGCAUCGAUUGUUGCUGGAAGCGCGUAAUAGGACUCAGGGUGGGCCACAAAAUACCGUCAAAACUAACUAUGCUCCUGAGUUGAUGCGUCGUUUCGAAGUCUACUUUAAAGAUUUCUCUGACGCCAAGGCGUAUUCAGUGAGAGAUAUCAAGGCGGAUAAGAUUGGGAAGUUGGUGACAGUUAGAGGUAUCGUCACUAAAGCAACUGAAGUAAAGCCGAUGAUAGUCGUGGCGACGUACACGUGCGACGAGUGCGGUUCGGAAGUGAGCCAGCCGGUGAAUUCCAUGAGCUUCAUGCCAAUACGAGCGUGUCCGAGCGACGGAUGUCGCGUAAAUAAAUCCGGCGGCAGGUUGUACCUGCAGACGAAGGGCUCCAAGUUCAUCAAAUUUCAAGAAAUCAAGCUGCAAGAGCACAGCGAGCAGGUCCCGGUUGGUCACAUACCGCGAUCGUUGACCAUCUUCUGUCGCGGCGAGACAACGAGAACGUGUCUGCCUGGGGAUCACGUUAUUAUAACCGGUGUGUUUCUACCUUUCCUGAAAACCGGUUUUAAUGCUAGAGCAGGACCUGCGCUCUCCAGUGAAACUUACUUGGACGCAAAUAAAGUGGUAUGCCUGAAUAACGCGGACACCGUGGACGACAGCAGUGCAGAAUUGACCGAUCAAGAACUCAGUUUGCUGAUGCAAGAUGAUUUUUAUAACAAGUUGGCCUGCUCCCUGGCUCCUGAAAUUUACGGACUCGAAGAUGUAAAGAAGGCGUUGCUUCUGCUUCUCGUUGGGGGAACGGACAAGAAGAAAGGCGACAUUAAGAUUCGAGGCAAUAUCAACAUUUGUUUGAUGGGAGAUCCCGGUGUGGCAAAGUCGCAAUUAUUAUCCUACAUUACGCGAUUGGCACCGAGAUCGCAGUACACCACGGGGCGAGGAUCGUCCGGCGUGGGCUUGACCGCCGCUAUCAUGAAGGAUCCUUUAACGGGCCAAAUGGUGCUGGAAGGUGGAGCUUUGGUACUGGCGGAUCAAGGGGUGUGUUGCAUCGACGAGUUCGAUAAGAUGGCAGACGCGGACAGAACGGCGAUCCACGAGGUGAUGGAGCAGCAGACCAUAUCUAUCGCCAAGGCCGGUAUAAUGGCCCGUCUAAACGCCAGAGUCUCUAUAUUAGCCGCCGCCAAUCCGGCGUACGGCAGAUACAAUCCGCAGAGAACGGUCGAGCAAAAUAUUCAAUUGCCCGCCGCGUUGCUGUCGCGAUUUGACUUGUUGUGGCUCAUUCAGGAUCGCGCCGAUCGGAGUAACGAUCUCAAACUCGCGCAGCACAUCACGUAUGUUCAUCAACAUUGCUCGCAACCUCCGACAGAGACGGAAGCUAUAGACAUGAAAUUGAUACGGAAAUAUAUAAAGCUGUGUAAAACGAAAGAACCUGUUGUAUCAGAAGAAUUGACAGAAUAUAUUGUGGACUCUUACGUGGAGAUGCGGAGAGAAGCGCGUAACAGCCACGACAAGACGUUCACUUCUGCUCGUAAUCUAUUGGCUAUCCUCCGGUUGUCGACGGCAUUGGCGCGAUUGCGAUUAUCGAACGUGGUUGAUAAGGACGACAUAGCGGAAGCAAACAGACUGGUAGAGAUGUCCAAACAUUCCAUCAAUUACUCCGAACAACGCGUCAACAACGCACAACAGAAUCCGAUUAACAGGAUCUUCCAAUUAAUACGCGAGCUCGCUGGCGACAAGAAGACUGUCAAAGUGUCGGAUAUCUUGGAGCGAUGCACGAGCAAAGGAUUCAAGCCGGAUCCAGUGUACAAGUGCAUCGAGGAAUACGAAGCAUUGAACGUGUGGCAGGUCAAUCAGACCAGAAGAUUGAUCACUUUUAUUUAAUUUUCAGCUG